UUGAAAUCAUCAACACAUCAUUUAAAAUUUGAAACAAUGUACAACAUACAUUGAAUGAUUGAAAUCUAAUAUUCUGAAAAAUGUCAGAAUAUCACAUCCGUUACUUGCGUGACUGAAGUGAAAAGACAGAAUAAUACAAUUGUAGAAUUUAAUUUUUGAAAGCUGGUAAUUUUCAUGUUCGGUGAAAUGCUAAUAUGCUGUAAAGUGCUAGACAAAAUCUUUGUGACAAUCUACGAUUAAAACAUUUAUUAAUUACAACGUUUGCCAUGUCUCCUAUUCCAACUGAUCGAAUAAACGGUGUUAAAAUAUUGUGUAUAAAAGGAAAUGAUUUUCGGUGUGCGGAAACUUUUGACGGAGAUCUCUUUGGUGCAGAUAAUAGUGCAAAAACUAAAAAAAAAAACAAGUGUUUUGACAACGAACAAUAAAAGGUGUAAAUUGAUUCAAGAAUUUAUGUUAGUCUGUGGCUGCAAUGAAACAAAACCAAAUAUCAAACUUUGCACUUGUUUUAGUGGCUAUUUUAUUGUUGCAAAUGGAUUAUGCAAAAGCAGCGUUAAGUAUGAAGCAGUUUGAAAAAACUUUGCAAAUGUUUCGCAAUGCAUGUUUGCCAAAAACUGGUGCUUCAGUGGAAGCUGUGGAUGCGCUCAAAAUAGGAACAUUUCCAGAUGACGAUAAACCAUUGAAGUGUUAUGUCCUAUGUGUUAUUGACAUGACUGGUGUCUUGUCCAGGAAAAAAGAGUUUAUUGAAUCAAAAAUGGAGACGCAAGCCCGAGUAAUUCUACCACCCGAGUUACAAGAAUUCGCAUUGAAUGGUUGGGACAGUUGUCGCACAGUUCCAAAACAGUACAAAGACCCAUGCGAUCGAGUUUAUUAUACAGUUAAAUGUACUCAUGGUACAAAUCCAUCGAAAUUUACCUUUGCCUGAAAACAAAAAUCAAAGUUUUAUUACAAUAAAAACCAUAUACAAAUAAACAAAUAUUCAGCAAUCACAAAAAGCCAUCAAUUUUAUUCAAGAAUAUUAUAGAAAAAAGGUGUAUCUAUUUAUAAUUUGAUAAAUGUGAACAAAGUUCAAUUUAGCAAAUGAAUUGAUAUUAAAGUCACACA